AUGGCAGAUAAACGCAAGUCCACAGCAUCAGACACGUAUAAAGACUCUGCUAUCUCCUCUCCUCGUUCAAGCUUUGAUUCCCGAUCUCCGUCCACAUCUCAUUUUCGCAUCAAUUCCCUUUCUGGAGCUUCUCCACACCGCCAUAGCCUCUCAGAAUCGUUUCGCAUUAUGCCACCUUCACCGCGCGCGCGUCGGCCGUCCGUAACGCAGGCUGCUUUACAGAGUCUCAUUGACAAUCCUCCGGCCCAUAAUGGUGCGGACCCAGCUUUUUCAGGGCGAAACUGGACGCAGAUAUCCGUUGAGGAGCUGGUGAAUCCGGAGGAUUGUCAUUUUGUGGAGGCGGAUAUGACGAUUGAGGAUGCUACGAAUCGGCUGAUCGAAUGCGAAGCGCCCUCGCUCCUAAUUCGAGAAUCCGCAGAGCAAAAUUCAGCUAUCGGAACAUUCGAUUAUGCAGAUCUCAACGCUUAUCUGCUGCUAGUGGUUGGCAUAACCAAACCAGAUGACGAGCAUGCUGCAUCGCUUGAAGAACUUGGGAGAAAAGCUAGAGCAGGGGAGAGAAUUCUAUUAAGAGAAGUCAAGAACUUAAGGCCGAAGGAGCCCCUGACGACGCUACCGUCAAACGUGAGCUUAACAAAAGCUGUAGAGGCGUUUGGUGGAGGUGUACAUAGCGUGGUCGUGGUGAAAGAGAAUUCUUCUGAGGUCCUGGGUUCCUUCAAUCAAUGGAGACUUGUGAAAUUCCUAUGGGAGAAUGCCAGGAGUUUCCCCGUCAUAGAGCAGCUGUAUCCGCAAUAUUUGCGAGAAUUAGGUCUUGGUUCUCAGGAUGUCAUAUCUAUCAAUGGAGAUCGACCGUUAUGCAAUGCAUUAGAGCUCAUGAAUAAUGAGGGUGUGUCAUCUGUUGCGGUUGUUGAUAAUCAAUUUAACGUGGUCGGCAAUAUCUCGGUGGUAGAUGUCAAACUUCUAACGCAGUCUACGUCGCUCCCUCUGCUUCGCGAUACUUGCAUCCACUUUAUCUCCGUUAUCUUAUCGACACGAGGCUUAAACGAAGGAAAGGAUUCGUUCCCAGUUUUUCACGUAAACCCUCAGUCGACUUUGGCACACACCGUCGCCAAGCUGGUCGCUACUCGGUCCCACAGAAUGUGGGUCACUGAUCCUCAAUCUCCCUCGUCUUCAGGCCCAUCAACUCCUGCACACUCCUCCGUUCACGUACCUCUCUCUAAUCAGAACAAUAUUGUUUCCGGAUCUACGGCGGGCAGCACAAUUGGAGCUCAAGUAUCUUCCCCCAGAUUACACUCCACUUCAAGCAGUCCAUCGUCUCCACCUCUCCCACAGUCCGCUCUGCCCCAUCAUCCCACCCCUAUAGCCCCCUCCCAGAGUUCACCAGGCAUAUACCCCGCGUCCCUAUCCUCGGCAAUACCUGCCUCAGCUCUUCCAGGUGCUCGGCUCUCAGGCCGCCUUGUCGGGGUGGUCAGUCUAACGGACAUUCUGAAUCUGUACGCCCGGGCCAGUGGGCUUAAACCAGCAGAUCCGAGCGAUAUCCGCAGCCGGCGGCGACGAAGCAGUAGCUGCAGCGUUGGAGUACGGAAGAGUGGGGAUAUCGGUAGAGAGAUCUGGAAUCGCACCGGCUUCUGACCGGAUAAGGACGUCGGAUCAGGCGAAGGCACCCUUUCCUUAAGUGUUGACGAAUUUGCCACCACCCUUUCUUUUGGUUCACCCAAGCCCAAGUUAUCCGGCCAACCAGUUGCCCUAAUUGCGUAGCCUGCUAACUUGGCACCGGAACCUUUGCUUGAAAGAUGGGUUUACCUUUGCACCACUUUGAACCCGUACCGUUAGAAUUUGGGAUCUGGAUUGCUCUCCACUUUUGUUAUUUUUCGAAGUUUGCUGAGACCAGCGUUCUCAUUGGGGCUUUUUUCAUCGAGCAAUUUUUUCCGCUUCAGAUGC